AAAAAGGGUAAAUGAAAAUAUUUCUCUUCUGAGUUGAAAGUGACCCUGUUGUAACUCCUCCUACAUCAUGGAAAAAGUAAUGCACUGCCUCUCAGUUUAAAUUGGUUGACCAGAGUGGAAAUCACACUUUUAGUUUGAUCUCAAUGCCAGAAACACAAUGGACUGGAUAGUUACUGUGGCACUUUUCUGUUCAGUGCUAAAAGCUGCAGUCGGCUUUAAUGUUGAUUCUGGGGCUUGGAAAACCCUGAGUGCAGGUGAUGAAAGUUUUGGCUACCAGGUGGUGCAAAGACAAUCAGAUCUGCUUGUCAGCGCCCCACUACUACAGUAUGAAGGGAAUAAAACGGGACGGACAUAUCGGUGCAACACAGGAGGCAGUUGCAGAAAUCUUGUUGCUCUAGAGCAAAGAGCUGCAGUCAACAUGUCUCUUGGUUUGGCGAUGUGUCGAACCCAAGCUGACAUUGCAUUUUUGUUGGAUGGCUCUGGCAGUGUAUCUGGAGGAGAUUUCCAGAGAAUGAAAGAAUUUGUGAAAAAUCUGAUCAAAUCAUUCCUGGGAAGAGAUGCACAGUUUGCCAUCACCCAGUUUUCUCUUUCUCCAACAACGCAUUACUACUUUAAUACUUUUAGCACUUCCAACUGGGAAUCUCAAAUUGACAGCAUCCGUCAAUUUGGCGGAAGAACAUAUACAGCUAAAGCCAUCCAAAAUGUUGUGGAUGACGUCUUUUCAACACAAAAGGGUUCCAGGUCAAAUGUGAAAAGAAUUUUAAUAGUGAUUACAGAUGGAGAGUCUCAUGAUCGCAGUCAAUUACCAAGAGCAACACAGUCAGCUGAUCGAAAAAACAUUCUUCGAUUUGCUAUUGGGGUGGGGAACGCAUUCACAAGUUCAAGAGCAAACCAAGAGCUCAGAACGAUUGCAUCUCAACCUGCUGACAAUUUUGUGUUUCAAGUAGGAAGCUUUGAUGCUCUUGACACUAUACGGGACAACUUGCAGGCCAAAAUUUUUUCUAUUGAAGAUUUCACUUUAACUUUGGACGCAAAUCGCAAGAUACCAAACAACCGAGCUGAGAUCAGCAAGGAUGUGAGGCACAAGAGUGGAUCGCUUAAUCUUAAAUUAAAUACAAAAGAAUGYGCUGAUGUGAACUUUUUUAUUSAGUCUUGUCCAGARGAUGCUCUCAAUCCACUCAAUAAUGAGCUCAGAUUCACGUUUGAUGGUUUGCCUUCUGGCUCAAACCCAAGACCAAGCCUUUCUCCACAGGUUAAAACCACAACAUUUCAUCCUAUUGGGUUUGAGAUCAGUUGUGGAGCUGAUGAAGUGUGUGAAGAUAAUCUGAAGGUGGAUUUUAACUUCACCAAGUCCUCAGUGGUUAAAGUCGGCAUAGAUGAACUUUUGAGUGUGACCAUCUUUGUGAAGAACAGAGGAGAAAACUCGUACAACAGUCGCAUUACUCUCACAUACCCCAUUGGGCUCUCCUACAGGAAGGUUACACCUCUGGAAGGAAGAAUUGAGUGCAACUCUGUGGACAGUGAGGAUGGCGUCACAGAAGGAAAGACAGUCUGUAGCRUCGACAAACCAAUAUUCAAAAGCAUCUCAAUGGCAACCUUCAUCGUCUCCUAUGGUUUCAACACCAACAGUGAUCUUGGUAGAAAGAUCGAAGUGACUGCGAACGCCAUCAGUGACAAUAAGCGUCAYUCCCCUUCUAGUGAAGUCUACAAAAAACAGGARAUUGAUGUCAAGUACAGUGUUUUUGUCACAAUUGAAAGCUCCCCCAGCUACAACAAUUUCACAUUUGGAGAAAACGCUGUUCAGAAACCACUUGAGCAAAAAAUAAAGGUUUUUAACACGAUCAGACCACUAAAUUUGACUGUGGUGAUCAAAGUUCCUGUAAGACUUGGUGAUAAAGACAUCUGGAUGGACACAAACAGUUUUCAGAUUCCAGGCUGUCGGAGCAGCAGAGAUGAAGAACCUACUGUCACUGAUUUUGUUGAUAAGAUAAAAGGAAAGAACAUAUUGGACUGCACUGUAGCGAGGUGCAGAGUGUUCAGGUGCUCCAAGUUCAUGGAAAGGAACAAGGACACAACGUACACCAUCUCUGCAAACAUCAGCUCAGGAUGGAUAGAACAGAUCGGACUUCCAUCUGCCAAGUUCCUCCUGACCAGUACAGCCAAUCUAGAGUAUGAUGAGAACCAGUACAUCUUCUUCUCUACAACCUCUAAUAGUGGCCCUCCUGUUCACCAGAUUCAAGCAGAGGUAGAAGUGUUUCCUACACCAGAUUUCACUAAUGAGAUUAUAGGAGGAUCUCUGGGAGGAUUGGCCUUUCUGGUUUUACUUACUGCUGGUCUGUAUAAGGCUGGAUUUUUCAAGAGCAAAUAUAAUGAGAUGAUUAAUGAAAAUGCAGGAGCCGAAGGAGACGCACCAGCAGAGGAAUGAAAUUCCCUCUUACUUGUCAUGUCCAUCCAGUACCUUUGUAAUGAUCAAUGUUUCUAUGAAAUGGCCUUUUAAUUUAGUGAUUGUACCAAACACAAUGUGUAUCAAACCAUAAAUUUGAACAACAAACAGUAGUAAAAUGUUUGCUGUUGUAAACAGUAAAGGUAUGUAUAGAGUAACUGGUAAAAAAAUUUAGUUCCGGAAGUGUUGAGGAUACAUUCUCUCUUUUAAAAGGCAAUUGAAGACACAAAAGAGAGCUUGGCUGUGCUGCUCAAAGUUAUUGCGGAUUUAAGGGGUUUAAUAAUGUCUAUGGGUAAAGGAUCUGAAACACAUAAUGAAAUAUUCACAAAUACAAUAUAAUGUUUCAGAAGCUUUACCAAUAGUGUCUUAAAAAUGACUUAUGCUCUGGAAAAGGUUGGAUGUUUUAUAUUUGUCAUGCACGCCCACAGCUGGGUGAUGGAUGAGGAGUGGGAGUCUUGAAACCGAAAGCAGCAAGCGGGGAGGUUCACUUCCUGAGCUGAGGGCAAAAUUAGUCAACAAAAGUCUGAGACACGACCGAGAAGUUAAACGGAACAACAUAUCAUCUACCAGCAGAUGAACCUGCUGCAAGCCUCCAAUUAUUUAGGCAAAAUCAGUCUUAGUGUUGACAUUUUUAUCAAAAUAUAAUUCAGCUAAAAUAUGUUAGCUUAUUUUAGCUGAACGCAAUUUCUUUUUUCUUUUCUGCUUCAACAAGAAAAAAGCAACAUAUGACAUGCAUCUAUGAUAACCAGCUCAGGGACUGAACUAGCAUGUCACAAACAGGAUGAGAGUAUUGAGGAAGUCUAAGAAAAGCAGAAAUGUUCGGUUUUAUUUUUACUUUUGUGUUGUGAAGAGGCUUGAAAGACUUAUAUAUGACUGGACAGAUGGUAAAAUGAUACAUUUUCCCCACAUAGAUUAUUUUAACUAUCUGGUUUAUGAUUAGUAUAAUAAAACAAAAAAUAUCAGUACAGAGAUACAGUGGAUAAAAAUAAUUGUGGUUCAGUAUUCGAAAAUUAUUUUAGUAUAUCUAAAAUAUUUGAGAUUCAGCUUGAUUAGCAGAAAUACCUCGACAUCAUGCUACUUGGCAUGCUAAUGGCUAGCCUGUAAUCUAGAAAGACUGUAGCCUCCACUGUCCAUAUUACCGUAUUUUCCAGAUUACAGAGCUGACUUCACUAUAAGCCUCACCCACAAAGUUUGUUUUUUUUUUAACUGGAAACGUACAUAUAUAAGCUGCUGAUAUCUCCACCGCUCUCAGUGUUCCACAAAAAAUAGAUCUGCUAUUAAGGACGCAGCCCUGUGUCUCGAACGCAGAACCAUGGAUUCGUUCGCUGAGUUUACGUACAGUUGCUCUCGAUUUGUACCGUCAGAUUGAUAACCUUUAACUUAAAAGCUGCAUCAUAUGAACUUCUUCGUAUGGAUUCCAUGAUGGGUUUGAA